UGUGUGAUUGGAAUAUAAAUUUUUGAGAGACAGAUACAAUCCAAAGCCUUUUGCUUUUUGUUUAGUGAUAACACUCUUUACUUUUUCAACAUUUUGUCGACUUACAAGGAAAAAUCAAUAAUAUCUUGGGGUGGUAAUUUCAAUUAAAUGGCCCAAACUCCAAAUAGCAGAUCUUAAGUUUGACAGCUGUAUUAGGGUUCGAUAGAUGGGGAGAUAAAUUGUAAUACAGUUAGCUCGUGGCUAACGUCCUGCCGCGACGAACAAGUACUAGCAUUUUUUUUUUUUUUAUAACUAGAAUCUGGAUUUGGGUUUGCAGACAAGGAUUGGGAACCGAGAAUGAGCCCUUCAAUGAAGGAUACAGCAUUUGGAACAAUGGAGAGGGAAGGAGAGUAUGUUAAUGGAAUCAAUGACCAAGGUGAUUUUGAUCCGAGAGCACCUCCUCCCUUCAGGAUUGCCGAUAUCCGAGCUGUCAUCCCAAAGCAUUGUUGGGUCAAGAAUCCUUGGAGGUCAUUGAGUUAUGUUUUCUGGGAUGUCAGUGUGGUUUUUGCAUUGGUAGCAGCUGCACUCUACUUGAAUAGAUGGUUCCUUUGGCCAAUCUACUGGAUUGGCCAGGGAACAAUGUUUUGGGCUCUCUUUGUCCUUGGACAUGAUUGUGGCCACGGAAGCUUCUCGGACAAUCCCAUUCUUAAUAGUGUGGUGGGACAUAUCUUACAUUCAUCAAUUCUUGUUCCUUACCAUGGAUGGAGAAUAAGCCAUAGAACUCAUCAUCAGAACCAUGGAAAUGUCGAGAAGGAUGAGUCAUGGGUUCCGCUGCCUGAGAAGAUUUACAACAAUUUGGACAUCAGUACUCGAAUUCUAAGAUUCGCUGUCCCCUUCCCUCUAUUUGCAUACCCAAUGUAUUUGUGGUAUAGAAGUCCAGGCAAGGAUGGAUCUCACUUCAAUCCUUACAGCAACCUGUUCACCUCCCAAGAGAGGAAACUUGUGAUGACUUCAACCGCCUGUUGGACUGCAAUGGCUAUUCUGAUUGCCUAUUUAUCCUAUGCAUUUGGCCCAACGCAGGUGUUUAAGCUCUAUGGUGUUCCCUACUUGAUUUUCGUGGCAUGGCUGGAUUUAGUGACUUACCUACAUCACCAUGGCCAUGAGCAGAAACUUCCUUGGUACCGUGGCAAGGAGUGGAGUUACCUCAGAGGAGGGCUUACAACAGUGGAUCGUGAUUACGGUUUAUUCAACAAUAUCCACCAUAACAUUGGCACUCAUGUCAUACAUCAUCUCUUCCCUCAAAUCCCUCAUUAUCACUUAGUAGAAGCGACUAAAGCAGCCAAACCAGUGAUUGGAAAAUACUAUAGGGAGCCGAAGAAAUCAGGGCCUAUUCCAUUUCACUUAAUCAAGAAUUUGGUUACAAGCCUCGGACAAGAUCAUUAUGUGAGCAACAAUGGAGAUAUAGUAUAUUAUCAGACUGAUCCACAGCUGUUCCAGUUGCUUUCCCUUGGCAAAUCUGAAUGAUAAAUUUAGAACAUAGCUGAAGAAGGAACCAUAAUUCCUUUACUUGUUUCAACAUCAACAAGUAUCAGAGUUUGUACUUUUUUUUUUUUUGCCACUUCAAAUAAUUAACAUUAAAGUUAUUUCAGGAAUCUCAUCUGAAAGAAAGAUGUUGAUCAUCAUCCUUUUUUUUUUUAAGUGAAGGAUCUUUUCAUAGAUUGAUGUGAUGCACAUGAUCUC